AUGGCGGCCAUCUUAUCUCGUAUCCGUUCCCAAAAAGGACGAGGGAACUGUGCCGUGAGCGACGGCCACUUCAACCGCGGCGACUUUGUGAAGCGCAGUGUCAAUGAGGAGCCGGACCAUUUGAAACAGUAUGACGAAUACCAAAUGCACAAACGGCAUAGGGUUGGUCCUCGGGGCAAGUAUCUCGAAAAGGCCGAUCAUAGGAACGACACCGCAAAGGCUGACCGCUUGCCAUUGAAUGAACGAGUCUGA